GCAAAGUACAUCUCCCAGUGCAUUGAUGAAAUCAAGCAGGAGCUGAAACAGGACAACAUCGCGGUGAAAGCCAAUGCCGUCUGCAAGCUGACGUAUCUGCAGAUGCUGGGCUACGACAUCAGCUGGGCCGCCUUCAACAUCAUUGAAGUGAUGAGUGCCUCCAAGUUCACGUUCAAGCGAAUUGGCUACCUUGCUGCGUCCCAGAGCUUCCAUGAGGGCACCGACGUCAUCAUGCUGACCACGAACCAGAUCCGCAAGGACCUGAGCAGCCCCAGCCAGUACGACACCGGUGUUGCGCUGACUGGUCUGUCCUGUUUUGUCACCCCAGACCUUGCCAGAGACCUCGCAAAUGACAUCAUGACAUUGAUGUCCCACACCAAGCCCUACAUCCGUAAGAAGGCCGUGCUGAUCAUGUACAAGGUGUUCCUGAAGUACCCAGAGUCACUGCGUCCCGCCUUCCCCCGGCUCAAGGAGAAGCUGGAGGACCCUGACCCCGGGGUCCAGUCGGCCGCUGUCAAUGUCAUCUGCGAGCUGGCCCGGCGCAACCCCAAGAACUACCUGUCGCUGGCCCCGCUGUUCUUCAAGCUCAUGACAUCCUCCACCAACAACUGGGUGCUCAUCAAGAUCAUCAAGCUGUUUGGCGCUCUGACUCCCCUGGAGCCACGGCUGGGCAAGAAGCUGAUCGAGCCUCUCACCAACCUCAUCCACAGCACGUCUGCCAUGUCCCUUCUCUAUGAAUGUGUGAACACCGUGAUUGCAG